AUGUCAAUUCCUUUCUCCAUUGGCAAAAUCAUGGAUAUAGCCACCAAGGGCAAAGCGAAUACCGAGGGCCCGGACGCCGAACUCAAGACCGACAUGCUCUUCGGUCUGAGCUUGACCACCUUCUACACCGCCUUAUUUGCCAUUCUUGCUACAGGCGCCGCAGCCAACUAUGGUCGCAUCAUUAUCUUACGCAUCGUCGGCGAGCGCAUUGUUGCCAGACUUCGAUCACGACUUUUUCGCCAGACUUACAUUCAGAACGCCGAAUUUUUUGAUGCCAACCGUGUAGGAGAUUUGAUUUCCCGGUUGAGCUCCGACACUAUCAUAGUGGGUAAAUCUAUUACUCAGAACUUGUCUGACGGAUUGCGCGCAUUUGUCAGUGGAGCAGCUGGGUUUGGUCUCAUGGCUUGGGUCUCAUUGAAACUGACGGGGAUCUUGACAUUACUCUUCCCUCCGGUCGCCUUGGCUGCAUUCUUCUAUGGUCGUGCCAUUCGAAACCUCAGCCGAAAGAUCCAAAAGAACCUUGGAACCCUGACCAAAAUUGCUGAGGAACGACUCGGGAACGUGCGCACUUCCCAAGCAUUUGCUGGGGAAAUUUUGGAAGUACAUCGGUACAAUAUUCAAGUACGGAAGAUAUUUGAGCUGGGCAAGAAGGAGUCACUGAUCAGCGCCACCUUCUUCUCAUCGACUGGUUUCAUGGGCAACAUGACUAUUCUGACACUCCUUUAUGUCGGAGGAGGCAUGGUAUCAAACGGGACGAUCAGCAUCGGCGAACUCACAUCAUUUCUCAUGUACACUGCCUACGCCGGAUCGUCUCUUUUUGGCCUUUCUUCAUUCUAUUCCGAACUGAUGAAGGGCGUGGGCGCUGCUUCGCGCCUGUUCGAGUUACAAGACCGACAGCCAACGAUCCACCCAACCAAAGGGGAAAAAGUGAUAUCGGCACGUGGUCCCAUUAAAUUUGAGAACUUGUCCUUUAGCUAUCCGACAAGACCUGCUGUUAACAUUUUCAAGAACCUUGACUUUGAGAUUCCGCAAGGCUCCAACGUGGCUAUCGUUGGACCUUCUGGUGGGGGAAAGAGCACAAUCGCAUCAUUGAUUUUGCGGUUCUACGUCCCCAAUGAGGGACGUAUCUUGAUCAACGGCAAUGAUAUUGCAGAAAUGAAUGUCAAGUCUUUACGGCGGAAGAUUGGCAUUGUGUCGCAGGAGCCAGUCUUGUUUUCAGGGACUAUUGCCGAGAACAUCGCGUAUGGUCGGCCACAUGCAACGAGGUCCGAGAUCCUACGUGCAGCUAGAAGAGCCAAUUGCCAGUUUAUCAGCGAUUUCCCGGAUGGGCUAGACACGUUCGUUGGUGCCCGAGGGGCGCAACUGUCUGGAGGUCAAAAACAACGGAUAGCUAUUGCUCGAGCCCUGGUCAAGCAGCCGGACAUCCUGAUCCUGGACGAGGCGACCUCAGCGCUGGACGCUGAAUCUGAAACCCUCGUCAACGAGGCCUUGGCCCAGCUACUAAAGGGUAGCAACACAACUAUCUCAAUUGCGCAUCGUCUCUCAACCAUCAAGCGGUCUGACACUAUUAUUUGUUUGGGCAGCGAUGGCCGGGUUGCCGAGAUGGGGUCUUUCCGAGAUCUUAGCAGCCGGCCAGAUGGAGCAUUUACGAAACUCAUGGAGUGGCAAAUGAGUGGUGGUGAGACGGAAAAGUCCAAGGUCAGUGAGCUUGCGAUCAAUGCGGAUCGGAGUGGUCCUCCGUCUGAGAAGGAUGAUAUUGACGCCGACCUGGAGGCGCCUGACGAGGAAGAAGGCGAGAGCGAGGAGAUCCAAGGCAGCAAAGUACAAGAAACAGUGAGUAAAGCAGUGGAUUCGAAGACGUGA